ACUAAAUUAAUCUUUAAUAUAUUUAUAAUUAAUUGAAUAUAAAUUUUCGAAAAAAAAUGAUGUAAUAGAAAAAAUAUUUCGAUAAUCUUGAAGAUUUUUUAAAAUCUUCUCUUGAAUAACAUUCAAUCCUCCAUAUUAAUCUUAAUAAAAAUUAUAUUGAUGAUGCAGGUGCAUCUAACUUAGGUUUUGCUUUAUCAAAGUGCACUAAUCUCUCAAAUCUGGUACUUUAUCUCGACGGAAAUUAAAUUUGUGACCAAGGUGUAUUAAACAUAGGUUCUGCUUUAGGAAAGUGCACUAAUCUCUCAAAUUUGGAACUUUGUUUUGACGAAAAUUAUAUUGGUGAUUAAGGUACAUCAGGAUUAGGUUAUGCUUUAGCAAGCUGCACUAGUCUAUUAAAUUUGACCCUUUGCCUUAAUUACAAUUAAAUUGGUAAUGAAGGUUCAUCAGGUUUAUUUUCUGCUUUAGUAAAAUACACUAAUCUCUCAAAUUUGACACUUCACCUCAAUGGAAAUUAUAUUGGUCAUGAUAGUACGUAAGAUUUAUUUUCUGUUUUAGCAAAAUGCAUUAAUCUCUCAAAUUUGACACUUAAUUUUGGUUACAAUUAUAUUUGUAAUGAAGAUGUAUCAGGCUUAGGUUCUGCUUUAGCAAACUGCAUUAAUCUAUCAAAUUUGACACUUUAUCUUCAUUAUAAUUAAAUUAGCGAUGUAGGUGUAUCACGUUUAGGUUUUGCUUUAGCAUAAUGCACAAAUCUCUAAAAUUUGAUACUUUAACUUGAAUGUAACAGAUUCAACAAAUCAGAAGAAUUGAAAAUAAAGAGUAAGUAUCUUAAAUCAAAAAGAUUAGUUGCUUUUAAAAUAAAUUUUUGACAAUAAAUAAAUAAUGAAAUUAAGAUGAAUAAAUAUAAAAAUAUUUGAAUAAUAGAAUAUGAUAUGUCGUCUUAUUUUAUAAUAUUAUGUAAUAGAAUAGUUUAACCUCAAAAAUAUAUAGAUAGA